AUGAACUUUGCGGCUCAGAUCUUCUUCUCCAGAUAUCUGAACGAGAGACUGGAAAGGAUCUUCUCGCCCAAACCUGCGCUCAGAGACAGAGAGGAGAAUGACCCCUUCUGGCAGAGAGAGGAGCUGCGUCUGGGCGCCUCUGCUCCGCCCUGUCACCCCGGCCAGCUCAGCAACGGCACCGCCCACCGCAGACCCACGCUGAUAGAGCCCCACCGCCUCAGGGACUUCGGGGAAGAGGAGCAGGUGCUGAACGGGGAGGUCAAAGUUCACGAGACCACCGUCCUGGAGGGUCCACAGUUCCCCCUGAUGAUCCCGCCCAAAACCAGGAGGCGGAGUCAGUUCGUGUCCCCGCCCCCGGUGCAGUUCCUGAGGUUUGAGGACAUCAGCGCGGCCGCCUUCAAGAUCCAAAGCAGCAUUCAGAAGACUCCGUGCACGUACUCCAGAUUGUCCAAACAGUUCGGGAUGGAGAUCUACCUGAAGAAGGAGCAUCUCCAAUACACAGGCUCAGUGAAGGAGAGGGGAGCGCUCUAUCUGCUCUCAUCACUCACACAGGACGAGCAGAGGAAAGGCGUGAUCGUGGCCACAGACUGUAACUUCUCUCUGGCUGUGGCUCAUCACGCGGUGGAGCUCAGGAUCCCGGUGUUUGUGAUCCUGCCGUCCGCCUGCUCCUCUCCACGGCUCCGGGUUUACAGGGACUACGGAGCCAUGGUCAUCUCGUACGGCAGCACCGCCCCAGAAGCUCAGAAACACGCUCGACACCUGGCCCAGGACAAUCACUACCUCUACCUGGAGGAACAUGAGAGUGAGGCGUACCUGGCCGGUCUGGGCACAGUGGGGCUGGAGAUCCUGGAGCAGGUCUAUAAAGUGGAUGCAGUUCUGGUGCCCUCUGCUGGACACUACGGGCUGCUGGCCGGGACUGCUGCUGCCAUCAAACACCUCAACCCACGAACCAAAGUCAUAGGAGUUGAACCAGAAGGAUUCCCACUGCUGCUUCAGUCUCUAAAAACAGACAGCCCAGUCCAAGACGUACAGAGUCACCCCAGCAGGAAACUCUACGGAGACCUCACAGAGCUUUCACUGGGAGAGAACACUUUUCAACUUUGCAAGAAAUUUGUGGAUAAAGUCCUUCCCGUCAGUGAGGAGGACUGUCUGGUGGCCAUGCUGAGGUUUCAGGAGUUUGAGCGCUCCACAGUGGACACUGAAGCGGCGAUGGGACUGGCAGCCAUCAUGACGGGGCAGCUGCCUGAACUCAAAGGGAAUAGGGUGGCUGUGGUGGUGAGCAGCGCCAACAUGGAGCUGGACCUGGUGCGUCAGUGUAUGGAGCGGGCUCUGGUUCUGGACGAUCGGGUCAGUAAGUUCUCCGUGCACAUCGGGGAGUGGCCCGGAGACAUGGCCAAACUACUGGACACCCUGUCUCGAGAGGACGUCAGGCUGCUGGACGUGUGUCAUCGGAGUCACGGAGACAAGUGUGACCUCUUUAAAACAAAAGUGGAGUGUGUGGUGGAGACUCGAGACAGAGCUCAGAGCACACAACUACGAAAGACCCUGAGUGAGCGCUAUCCUUCUGUGACCUGGCUGGAACGGUGAUAGGAACAAGAUCAGAAACAGCGAUGCCAAUAGAAAACCAAC